GUCUCAUUCAUCCCGUGACGUCCGCAAAGAUUCCCCUCCCCUGCUCCAGCAGUUCAUCGUCUUCUUCCUCUCGCUUCCCAUUUCCCCAGCCACCCACCAACCCGCUUCUUAACUACUCCACCAGAUAGACCACAUAUCGCAUCGACCGUGGCGUCUCGAAGCCGCGACGCGACUAUCGUCGAUCAUCUCCUCUUCCACUCCGACCUUCUGCUACCAUCCCAACCCAGUUGAGAGAAAUGGCUAUAUAGCCAGACUGAUCCAAAGAAACAUCUUCUUUGCCGGUGAAAGGAGCUGGUGUCAAUCAACUGGCCAUGAUCACUUACGAGCAAGACGAUGAUGUACUCCGCUGGAGCUUCAACCCUUUCCAUGAUCCAUAUGCCAACUCUGCCAUGUAUUGCGGACAGAAUGUUCAGCAUGAUGCUGGCUUCUACAAUGGCUGUUAUGCCAGGGAAGACUUGCCUUAUCACCAAAACGCAGACGAAGAGCAUUUGCGGCUGCAAAUGUGUCCCACUGGAUGGUAUGAUCCACCUAGGAACUAUUACCCAGGAUAUGGGCAAGGUCAAGAAGAAGUUGAUGAUACAGAACCAUCCAGCUCAUGUUCAAGCCCGGGGUUAAACCAUCAUGGAGAGGACUUGACACUAGAGCUCGUUGAUGAUUCCUUUGAAAUAGACGGCGAAGUAGGGAAAAGGCUGAAUCGGAUGGUGCCUAUCCCUCAUGUUCCUAGGAUAAAUGGGGAGAUACCUUCCAUAGACGAAGCCACAACAGAUCAUCAAAGGCUCAUAGACAGGUUGCGACUCUACGACCUAGUUGAGCUUAAGGUACUGGGAGAUGGCAAUUGCCAAUUCCGUGCAUUAUCUGAUCAAUUCUACCGAAGCCCUGAACACCAUAAAUUUGUUCGGCAGCAGGUCAUAACUCAGCUGGUGUCCCAACGUGAUAUCUAUGAAGGAUAUGUCCUGAUGGAGUAUAGCGAUUAUAUAGAAAAAGUCUCACAAGAUGGCGAGUGGGGUGAUCAUGUGACUUUGCAGGCUGCUGCAGACACGUAUGGAGUGAAAAUAUUUGUGAUUACAUCGUUCAAAGAUACCUGUUAUAUUGAGAUCCUACCGAACACUCAGAAGUCCAACCGAGUUAUAUUCUUGAGCUUCUGGGCGGAGGUCCACUACAAUUCAAUUUAUCCUGAAGGAGAUCUUCCAACCUCAGAAACCAAAAAGAAGAAGCGAUGGUGGCGAUUUAGGAGUAAGAACUGAAGAGUGUUUGGGAAUUUACAUGAUAACAAGCAGAGGAAAUUUAUAUGAUAUUUCGUUUCUUUGUCAGUUUUUGUUUAUUCAAUAAAUGAAGCCUCUGUUUUUCUGUUGCCGUUCAUGUGCGUCAAUAGAGCAGUCCAAAGUUACAGCAAACAGCGCCCAUUAUUUCAUAUUUCCAGUGAGAAUUCGUUGAGGUUCGACAA